ACUUCAAACCACAGCUGACUGAACUAAAACAUUGAUUAGGAAAUAAUUUCAUAUGAUGUUGACAAAUUUUUGAUCGUGUUUCUGGUGAUAGUUGAAUAAAAUUCUAAGAAAAAAGUAUUAUAUGAAAUUUACUGAUAGUAAUACUAAGUAAUUACAAUGUUUGCUAUGAGAGAUGCAAUUUGCACUCACAACCUCCAGACAUGAAAUUGAUUGUUUUCAUGUGGAAACAUUUAAAUUAUCACGUUUCUUCGUUUUCCAUCUGCAAAUUCAUAUCAAGGUUGACCUCCAUGAAAGUCUAGUUUGGAUUUUGAUAUGAUGAAGAGAAAAAGUUUACCACACCGUCCUCUGGAGGACAUAUAUCUUAGAUUGCAAGCAUUUAUAUUUUCUCAUGGCAUUAGAAUCGGAGAGUUCUUCAAGGACUAUGAUGUUCUGAACUGUGGACGAGUAACGGAGACCUGUUUUGUGAGAGCAUUGGAAGCAGUGGGUAUCAGCCAGACAUGGCCGAGCAAACUGUUCCUGACUCCUCAGGAGUUGAAGGAUAUUGUCUGUCUCUACAGAGAUCCUGAGAACCCUGGCAGUAUCCUGUGGAGAGAUUUUAUAUGCGAUGUAGAUUCAGUUUUUGGAGAACGAGAUCUAGAGAAACGGCCUGAAAUUAUUCCACAUCAGCCAGGUGUGGAUGUUAUGGAAAAAGUUGGACUGAGCUAUUUAUGGGAGCGACAAAGUCAAGUAACGAAAAAUCUCCUAGAAGAAGCACUGGCAAUAUUGCGACAGAGAGUAGUCCAGAUAAGGCCUUUGGACCUGAGAAGAGCUUUCAUUGAUUACGACAAGUGGAGCAACUACAGGAAUAAAUUCGAUAGAGAGUUGAGCGACACUCGAAGGAAUGGUCACGUGACAGAGCAUCAGCUGAGAUCUGUGUUCAAGGAUUAUGACAUCACACUCACUGAUAAACAGUUCUGGGCACUGAGGCUGCGCUACACUGAUGACCUGGGAUUCUAUUAUUUUCCAAUGCUACAGGAUAUUGGACUGGAGAUUGUCAAUGAACCCUUGGUCACCGAAUUCCGUGAGAAAAGAAGAGUCUUGAAGAAUCGAGAAUUCAAUCCCAUCGUGAAGGAUGAAGAAAGAGAUGUAGUCCAAGUGCUGACAAGAAUAAAGAAUAAGGUAAACAGUGAGAGGAUUGACUUACGAGGCCAGCUGGGUCAGUUCGAUUAUCGCCAAAACAGGAAAAUUGAUAGGAACGAUUUUCAUCGUGCAUUUGAUCCCAAACUCAAUCUUACACCAACUGAGGCAAAUCUACUUUGUGAAAAUAAUUAA